CGUAGAACUAUAUAUAGAGCAGGGAAUGCGGCUGUAAGGUAGAAGUCAUCUUCUCCGAGAAUCGACAACAUCAGAACUGGUGUCAGUGUCGCGUGAACAUGAAGAUUUUUGUGCUUGCGGCCUUUGUUUUGGCCGUGGCACUAGCUCGUUCCAACAACGAUCAGGACAACGACGAACAAUCCCAGUGGCCCUGGAAAGUUGGCACUUUAUACCGUUACAAUGUAGAGACUCAGACUUUAGCCUACCAUCAGGAGGGCGCUAGCACCGGGACGUCCUACCGAGCUAGAGUGACUGUCCGCGUUAAGGCUCCAGGUCGUCUUGAAGCUAGACUGGAAAACCCAGAGUACGCUCAGGUACACCAGGAGUUACAACGCAAUGAACCAGUCCCCAAGGACCUAAAGUACAAACCGGCCCCAAAACUCGACAAGCCCUUCGAGAUCUACAUGGCCGGCGGCAGGGUUAAGACACUACGUUUGUCUUCAUCUGUGCCUCUUGCUCAAGAGAACUUCAUCAAGGGUCUCAUUGGUGCUCUACAGGUAGACUUGUCCACAUACAGAAAUGUUCACAGUUCUCACGAUACCUAUGACAAGAACAUCAGGCAGGGUCUGUUCAGAAAGAUGGAAACUGACGUCACCGGUGACUGUGAAACUUUGUACUCCGUGAGCCCAGUUGCGGCUGAAUGGAGACGUGAACUUCCAGAGUUUGAAUCUGAGGAAGAGCCUUUUGAAAUCACAAAGAGCAAGAACUAUGGUCACUGCCACCACAGAGUCGAUUACCACUUCGGUGUUCCCGAGGUUGCCGAAUGGACUGGUACUGCGCAUAGUACCAAAAAGGAACAGUUCAUCAACCGGGCGACCGUCUCCAGAAUUUUAGCCGGCAAAGAGGGGCCAAUCUACAAAGCUGAGACGACCAGCACGAUUAAUGUCAACCCACAUCUGUUUGGCAAACAACGAUCUGAAGUACAAAGCAAAGUCAGCCUACGUUUGGUCUCUUACGGACAGGACAACGAGGCUGAAUGGCCAAAACUGGUAGGACCCCGCGAAAUUCUCAAUUUGUUGUACUCUUUGACACCGAAACAAAUUAGCAUCGAUGACAGUUCAUCGUCAAACUCAGAGGAAUCCUUUGAAAAGAAUAUUCACGUUGAAAAGUAUCAGCGAGAACGUCGGUCGGCCAGACCUAAAACAGUUGUCUCUAUUGAUAAGGUUAUUGUCAAAAGCCAUGUAAGCGAUGAAGAUUCGUCAAGUUCCAGUGACUCCACAUCUGCUUACGUAAAUGACGAAAUUCCUUUGGACAACGAACCAGCGUACGCUGCUUUGUAUUUGAACCCACAACCCCAUGGCGAUAAGAAACAAAAUCCAAUGAACGCACAAAAACUCGUCCAAGAAAUUUCCCACCAAUUGCAGAAUCCGAACAAUAUGCCAAAAUCUGAUUUUCUCUCCAAAUUCAACAUUCUUGUUCGCGUAAUUGCUUCCAUGAGCUACGGUCAGCUGAGUCAAACCAGUCGUAGCUUAGAAGUCGCAAAAUCAAGCAACGACAUUGUAAAGACUGAUAUGUGGAUGAUCUACAGAGAUGCGGUGGCCGAAGCCGGUACUCUACCCGCGUUCCAACAAAUCAGAACAUGGAUCGAAAAGAAGAAGAUUGAAGGAGAAGAGGCAGCUGAAGUUGUUGCUGUGUUAUCUAGAUCUCUACGUUACCCUACCACCAAUGUUAUGAAGCAAUUCUUCGAACUUGCCAUGAGCCCUGUAGUCACUGAACAGUUGUAUCUUAACAGCUCUGCCUUGAUCUCUGCAACCAGAUUCAUUAACAUGGGUCAAGUAAAUAAUCUAACCGCCCACCGCUACUACCCUACCCAUAUGUAUGGUCGGCUUUCAGCUAAGCACGAUCGCUUCGUCGUUGAUGAGGUUCUUCCUCGUCUGAGCCAAGAGCUGAAGUCAUCCAUCGAAAGGGAAGACAGCCACAAAGCGCAAGUGUACAUAAGAGCUAUUGGUAACCUGGGUCAUCGCGCUAUCGUGGAUGUUUUUGCACCGUACCUUGAAGGCAAAAUUACGGUGUCCACUUACUUAAGGACAAGGAUGGUAGAAAACCUUCGCGUCUUGGCUUACCAAGGAGAUCAUCAUGUGCGUGCUGUAUUGUUCAGCAUUCUCAAAAACUCGGCUGAACCCUACGAAGUAAGAGUGGCUGCUGUUCACAAUAUCAUCAUGACGCGCCCCACAACCGCUAUGAUGCAGACAAUGGCUGAAAUGACUAAAGUAGAUCCCAGCACACAUGUUCGAGCUGCCAUCAAAUCAAUGAUUGAAACAGUUGCCGAUCUGAAGAGCCCACGUUACUUCCACGUUGCAAAGACAGCAGCAGCCGUUAAAGACAUGCUAACGAAAGAAACCUUCGGUGCUCAGUACUCAUAUAAGAAAGCUAUACAAUUCUUUGAAGACGAUGAUGAUUUGGGCAUUAACAAUUUCAUUUCAAAUAUCGGCAGUAAGGAUAGUUUGUUCCCUAAGACCUUUAGAUACACAUGGAGAGACAGAAUCGCUGGAUGGAAUGAUGACACUUCGUUAUCGUGGGCUGCUUCCAGUGGACGCAAAGUUGUUGACUAUUUCAUAAAUAAAAUAUUCGGUGAUGACGAAGACAGAAGCGCUGAAAUUAAUCACAAAUAUUCUGCUAACAAGAUAUCAGACAUGCUGAAAAUCAAUUAUGACGACAAAGAAUCUUUAGAAGCAUCUCUUUAUCUGGACUUUUUGAAUGAGCAACGACUAUUUGCCUUUGGCGAAAAUGACAUGAAGGAAUUGGCUGGUAGAUGGGUCGAGUACUUGCAAAAACUAACCAAUGGUAUUGAUGUGCACUAUACAAAGGUCAUAAACAGAAACGAAGUAUCGGUUAUGUUCCCACUCGCCUCGGGUAUGCCUUUCAUUUACAAAUACAAAGAGCCAGCGGUUCUCCACGUUCAAGGCAAAGUUAAGGGUAAAGUUGAUUUCUUGGACAGAGAGGAUUACAAGACUGCAAUCACUUUGGAUAAGGAUAUUCGUGUUACUUACGCUGAAAAUCAUGAUGGAAGUGUCGGUUUCUUCGACACACUUGGUAACCAAUACGCAAUCGCAGGUUUAGUAAGAAAGUUCCAACUUUAUAUUCCUUUGAGAAUGAGUUUAGAAAUGAAGCCCGGCGAGAUCAAAGCUAAUAUUAAGCCUGUCGAGCCUGAACAAGACAUAACAUUACUGCACUACAGCAUGUGGCCGUAUACUGCAAACCAGAAGAAGGACUCAUUGACGACAUUCUCACAGGAUCCCACCACGCAGGUUAUCACAAGGCCAAAUAAAGUCGUUUCUAUCGACUACAAGUUUGGGCAGCAAGUGUCCUCACCAUUCCAGAUUCAGGGAUAUUCUUACUCUCAAGAUUUCAGAAAUAUUGGUAAAAUGCUAUGGUCAAACGACUUGAUGUCCAGUGUAAUCAGUGCUUUCAAACAAAGAGAUGUUGCUCAAACUCACUUCAACUUGAGACAUCUAGGAAAACAAGCUAAGAACAAGGGUGUUUCUCUAACGGCGGUUUAUGAUACUCUUUAUAACAAAAAGAAUGAAGGUCAAAUGCCAAAAACGGCGUCAGAAAUGAGCGACGUGACUCCUAACAGUCCCGCGCGUAGAGAAGAAUUAAUUAAACGUGUCACUUUAGGAAUCAAUGCGGCAAGAGCCACAGUCCUAGACUUAAGUGCCAAAUUCGACACACCCCAAAAACAAGAAUACGUUCUCACAGCUGCCGUCGGUGACAGCCACGUUGACCCUAAAGUACAGUUCGCGUUAUUCGCUGCCAGAAAUUCGGACCAACCAAAUCAAUUCAACGCCGUUUCCACUCUAAAGAAACCAGCAUCAAUAUCGCUCAUGAAUUUCCAAGAAGCACUUCAAAAAGAACUGAAAAUGGAAUUCGAGGCCGAUAUACGUUACAACAAAAAAGAAAACAUUCACAUCCAGGGAACAACUGAGCGCACCCAGAAAUACGUAGAAGAGCUUCAAAAGCAACCAUGGGCCAUAGAAUGCGUACAGGAAAUUGCUAGAGGCAAUUACUACCAACGUGCUUGUCAUCAAGCGAUUUUAAUGGCCCACGCACCAGACAAUUUCAAGUUUGGAGUUUUCUUCAAAGACGUGAACCCCGCAGUCAACUACGCUGGUUACGAAGUGUUCAAAAUCGCUGAGAGUCUUGGUCUGUGGAAAUUGGAAGCUGUCCCUAAUAAAAUGCCACGUGAAGGCAAACUCGACAUCAAUGUAGAUCUUCAAUACUGGACGAACACCUUAAACUUGGCAUUGUCCCAUUCAUUCUAUGGACGUAUGGAUAUUAAGAACGUGCCUAUACCUAAAGUUACACCUGUCGCUUUGUCCACGUACUGGCCAAUCAUGCCCUACGAACGCGUGCUUAAUUAUUACAGCAAACAUCAGUUCCAACCUCUAUGCAGUGUUGACAACAACAAAGUGAGGACUUUCAGUGACAGAGACUACGAUUAUAAACUCUCUCGCUCUUGGCAUGUUGUCAUGCUGGAUGACAGGCCUGGCAGCAGCGAAGACUUGGUUGUUUUGGCGAGAAGGCCCAGCGAAAAUAGACAGGAUAUAUACAUUUCUUACAGCUCUCACACCGGCAAACACCUGGAAAUCGAAGUGCAACCGCCACCAGAAGGACAAAAUGAAUACAUCGUACAAGUCAAGACGAACGCCAAGAAGGUAUCCCAAGGAGCUCUUACCACUUACUGGGACGACGUUGACAAAAUCCCAAUCCUGGAAUACUACAAGGAGGGAGAGAACGAGCUCAUCCUGGAGAUCCGUGAAGGACGCCUCCGUGUUAUGUAUGAUGGCCAAAGAUUUACACUCCUGGCUGAUGAGAGACGUAACAGCAACAGAGGUAUCUGCGGUUACAUGAGCGGAGAACGCCGUGACGAUUACCUCACUCCGAACGGUUUGAUCGACAGGCCUGAAUACUACGGCGCUUCUUACGCCCUCAUCGACGGUGACUACGACCCCAAAGACAAGGAACAGCAAGCUAAAGCAAGGGAAGUAGCAUACAAACCGAGGAAACAAUUCACAGCAAUCCUCAAGUCCGAUGAGGAAUGGAACAAUCAGAUGCGUUCAGUCACUGAAGACGAAUGGGGUGCUGAAAUCAUUUACAGGUCAAGGAGCUACUUGAAACCUACGGGACGUUGCGAUUUGAAGCAACAAGUCCAGUACUACGAGAACAAUGGGGAGAUUUGCAUCUCAACGUCACCGUUGCCUGCUUGUCAGAGCCACUGCAGCGGCGAGGAGUAUAAGGUCCAAGUUGCUCAGGUUGUCUGCAAAUCGAAGUUCGAUGAGCAGUUCCGCUCCUUCAGAAACCUUAUCCGUCAAGGUGAGAACCCCAAAGUGACUGGAGUUCCAAAAUCCACGCAAUACAGAGUUCCUAACUCAUGCAAAGCGUAAUUGUUACGUUUUAUUUAUAUAAAAAAAAAAUAGUUUUAAGUGCCUACAUAUUAAGUUCUACGAACUGGCUUGUUUAAUGGUUAUGAAUACCUACAUAUUUUAAUUAUAUUGUAUAGUUUUAAUAUAAAUAUUCGGCCGUAUCGUAUGUAUGUAUAAAAUUCUAUAUUGUUUUGUAUGUUUUGAUAUGUAUUUAUUUAUGUAACUAUUUUUGAUUAUAUCAUAUAGUAUUAUUAUAACAUGAUAUUAGUCAUAAUAUUUUAGAGAGCAAAUUUAAAAAAUAAAAAAAAAAUGUAAAUAAAUUGCAACAUGCUUAUU